GUUCAUUUGCCUGGUUUUUUGAUCUAUCACUCUCCCAGGUGUCAACAGUGUCACAUGUCAUUGUCAAUAAAAGCAACUGUCAUCGUUGAAAAGUACAAGUUUGGAUUUUGGAUCCUUUUGUAGUUGUCGGUUUAUUUUUUGUAUAGUUUGGAUAAAUCUGAAUUAAAAAUGGCUCGUCGUUAUGAUACGAGAACAACUAUAUUUUCCCCCGAAGGAAGGCUGUACCAAGUUGAGUAUGCCAUGGAGGCUAUCUCUCACGCAGGUACUUGUUUAGGUAUUUUAGCAAACGAUGGAAUUUUGUUAGCUGCUGAAAGACGCAACACAAACAAGUUAUUGGAUGAAGUCUUCAUUUCAGAAAAAAUAUACAAGCUAAAUGAAGAUAUGGUAUGUAGUGUAGCUGGAAUUACUUCGGAUGCAAAUGUAUUAACAAAUGAGCUUCGUCUGAUUGGACAAAGAUAUUUAUAUCAGUAUGCAGAAUCUAUUCCUUGUGAACAAUUAGUUUCUUGGUUGUGUGAUGUAAAACAAGCUUAUACUCAAUAUGGAGGAAAGCGCCCAUUUGGUGUUUCAAUUUUGUAUAUGGGUUGGGAUAAGCAUUAUGGCUACCAGCUGUACCAAUCUGACCCAAGUGGAAAUUAUUCUGGUUGGAAAGCAACUUGCAUAGGAAAUAACAGUUCCGCUGCCAUUUCAAGUUUGAAACAGGAAUACAAAGAAGGUGAAAUGACAUUGAACUCUGCAAAGGGUUUAGCUGUCAAAGUUCUUGCAAAAACUUUGGACAUGGCUAAACUCACCUCAGAAAAGGUUGAAAUGGCUACUCUUACACGUAAAGAUGACAAAACGAUUAUAAACAUUUUGAAUAGUAAAGAAGUUGAAGAGCUUAUUUCUGAAUAUGAAAAGUCUGAAGCAGCAGCAGAAGCUACCAAGAAGCAAGAACAAAAAGCAGCUGCUUAAUCAAUUUCUUUAAUUUUGUACUGUUUUAAGUUAAAAUAGG